CUUCUCCCAAUUUUCAUAUUCCCUCGCAGCUUUUCUCACAAACCUUAAAAAAAUUUAGAACGCUCCAACAUUUCCCUCCUUUGAAAGCCCAAAAUUUUCAUCUCCCUCUCUUUCAUCGAUACCUAUUCAAACACAAAUUAAAAUACUUGUCUUUCUAAUUUUACCGAAAACCCACACAUCUCUUACUCCUACCAUGGCUACAGGUGGAAAGCGGAAGUUCAUGUGAAGCUUAAUCGAUGGCUGUUAAGAGAGCUAUGGAGCUUGGGGAAAAGCUUCCUGAAAAGAAGGUUCCAUGUACCAUUGGGAAUAUAGGGAAAGUAAAUGAGGCUAUUUGCAUGCCUGAUGAUAAAGAGGUUCCAUGUACCAUUGGAAUUAGGGGUUUUUGCUUCUCUUUUGAUUCUAUUUACUCGUUCAUCAAUCUAUAUGUCCUUUGAAGAGUGCUGUCAAAUAGGAUAUUGAUCUUUUCAAUUUCAUGUUUUUGAAUUUUAGCCAUUGGAGGGUGAGGCUGUUAUGAGCAAAUUUCAGAAGGUUUAUAAAAAAUUAAGCUGAGCUUUUAAAGGUGUGCCUUUUGAAGAAUUAAUGAAGUUAAAGAACAGAGACAUGGCGAAGAAAGGCUAUUUGGAACCGGGUGAAAGACUUUCAUUUGCUUACUGGAAUCCUUGUUAUAAGUCACAUUAUAUCCCCAAUAGUUGGCAGUGAAGACAAAGCACUGCAAGCAAGCCGACAUUUAUUACCAGCUGGCUUCCACGUGACGGCAAUCAGACCACCAACAGUGCCUCCUAACUCAUGCAGGCCUGACAGAGUCCCUGUUUUCAAAUCACAAGGAUGAAUAUCCUGAAUAUGAGCAGGCAUCUCUCAGACAGUUAUAUAAAGUGAAGAUGGAAGAAUUGCGAGCUGAAAGCCAGAUUUCUGAUUCAUCUGGGACUGGGACAAUUGGACGUUCAAAGGGAGCUGCGGUAGCUUCUUCUCAGCAGCAAACAUCUGUCACUGUCGUAACAGAGUUUGUACGUUGGAAUGAAGAAGCAAUCUCAAGAUGCAAUCUCUUUUCCUCCCAGCCUGCUACACUGGCAUCCCAUGUAAAAGCAGCGUUUACUUGCCUGUUAGACCAAGUUAGUCAAUAUGUAGCAGAAGGUCUUGAACGGGCUAGAGAUGGACUGACUGAAGCAGCUAAUUUGAGGGAAAGAUUUGUGUUGGGUACAAGUGUUAGCCGUCGGGUAGCUGCUGCAGCUGCAUCUGCUGUAGUCAAAUAUUCCGCAAUUUGCAAAUUUGAAAUCGAUAUUCCAAGGUUUACGACACUCGCACGCAAUGUGCACCAACCACUUGCACUAGACUCUGGUGGUAGCUCAUAAUGCUUUUGAAGAUGCUCAUCGUAUUUGAUCUGAUUUGAUGCACGAUGUGAUGGAUGAUCCUUGUGUUGCUGCGGACGGAUAUACAUACGAUCGCAAAGCAAUGAAAAGUGGCUUGAAAAUCACGACAAAUCACCGAUGACAAAUAUGGCUUUACCUCAUAAGUAUCUAAUUCCUAAUUACACGCUUUUAUCAGCAAUUUUGGAGUGGAAGACCUGAUACAAUAUGAUACUUGCAUAUUUCAUUAUCUUCCUCAAUGCUAAUAUUUAGUUAAAUGAUUCCUUUAAUGUAGCUAGACUAACUAAAGAGUUCACAUGUGAUGAUUACCUGGUUUCAGAUAUUCUGUUUGGAUACAUGAAAAAAUAUUGGAUUUCAAGUGUAAAUAAAUUUGAUUAUAUUGUAGGAUUGUGUAUGUACUUUAGCGAUCAAUCAAAUCUGUUACUUGGAACUCAAGGCACACUGAGCUCGACUAAAACAUAUGUACAAUUAUUUGUUGAAGUUUCCAUCAUCUUCUGUUACUUGGAACUCAAGGCACACUGAGCUCGACUAAAACAUAUGUACAAUUAUUUGUUUAUGCCAUAGUUUCAGGUUUAAUUGCAAUUUUGAUUCUUUAAGUGCGAUUAU